GCAACGGCCGGGGCCGGGGCCGGGGCGGCGGCGCUGGGCAGCGGGACCCGCCGGGGAUGGGGCCGGGGCCGGGGUCCCCCGGACACGAUGCUGCUCGGCAGGAAGCUGGAGGGGCCGCUCGGAGCGGGCAGGUUUGGAGAUGGAUUAUAUGAUUCCUAUAUGAGGAUAGAUGAUUUAAGAUACCAGGAGCCUUCAAAUGAAGAACGCAGCACCUCUGGACCUUCUUCCCUUCCAAGACCUCAAGUUUCUAUCAACAAACUCAUGAUGAAGGAUCAGUCUCUGCCUGGAAAUCAGGUCAAAGUGGAGCAGUUAUUUGAGGACUCUGGCAACAAAAGGAGCAGUUCUCUCCAGAGUGCAGGAGUUUCUGGUUUAGAAAGACCUCUCCCUUCCUUGUCAAAAGAUAAAAUCGUAGACAACGUAAGCUCUUCUAGAACUGGGGGCAGAGCACUGAGAUGUCUUUCCCAAGCUCCAGAGCAGGCUGUCAAACAGUACAGGCACCAGUUAUCUGCUUAUGAGCAGCAAGAGAUAUUUAAUUUUUCUGAGAUUUACUUUGUGGGUCCAGCUGCAAAAAAGAGACAAGGAGUCAUCGGCGGCCCCAACAACGGCGGCUACGACGAUGACCAAGGCAGCUACAUCCACGUGCCCCAUGACCACCUUGCCUACAGGUAUGAAGUGCUCAAAAUCAUUGGCAAGGGCAGUUUUGGACAAGUUGCCAAAGUCUACGAUCACAAACUCCACCAACACUUGGCCUUAAAGAUGGUUCGCAACGAGAAGAGGUUCCAUCGCCAAGCGGCGGAGGAGAUCCGGAUCCUGGAGCACCUGAAGAAGCAGGAUAAAACAGACACUAUGAAUGUCAUUCACAUGCUGGAAAGCUUCACCUUUAGGAACCACAUCUGUAUGACCUUCGAGCUCUUGAGUGUGAACCUGUACGAGCUGAUUAAAAAGAAUAAGUUUCAGGGCUUCGGUCUCCAGCUGGUGCGGAAGUUUGCUCACUCCAUCCUGCAGUGUUUGGCUGCUCUUUAUAGGAACAGAAUCAUCCACUGUGACUUGAAGCCAGAAAACAUCCUCCUAAAACAGUACGGGAGGAGUGCAAUCAAGGUUAUAGAUUUUGGGUCCAGCUGCUUUGAGCACCAAAGAGUCUACACGUACAUCCAGUCUCGGUUCUAUCGGGCGCCAGAGGUGAUCCUGGGAAGCCGCUAUGGGUUGCCCAUAGACAUGUGGAGUUUUGGCUGUAUCCUGGUGGAGCUUUUGACUGGGUACCCUCUUUUUCCUGGGGAGGACGAGGCAGACCAGCUGGCCUGUAUGAUGGAACUUCUUGGAAUGCCACCCCAGAAGCUUUUGGAUCAGUCCAAGCGAGCCAAGAACUUCAUCAACUCCAAGGGUCACCCUCGCUACUGCACCGUCACGACGCACGCGGACGGCAAAGUGACCCUGAACGGGAGCCGCUCGCGCCGGGGGAAGGUUCGGGAAGCUCCAGGGAACAAGGACUGGGUGACAGCCCUGAAGGGCUGUGAUGACCCCUUGUUCAUAGACUUCCUGAAGGAGUGCCUGAGCUGGGAUCCUGCCGCGCGCAUGACUCCGGGCCAGGCUCUGCGGCACCCCUGGAUUUGUAAACGAGCACCCAAACCGCCCCCUUUGGAUAGAACCACCAACAGAAGGAUCCCCAGCUACACAAGCUCCUUCCAAGGGACGGGGUCCAGGCUGCCAUCCGUGGUUGCAGGAGCCAACAAGCUGAGGGCUAAUUUGGGAUCUGACUCUGGUAGCAAUAUUCCUCUCUGUUCCGUGCUCCCCAAACUGGUCAGCUAGUGGGGAGUUCUGGAUUUCCGGAACACGCCCCUCGUGUUCCAACUGUCCGUUCACCACGUGCAAGGAAAUUAAAUGCAGAGGUUUUUAAUGGA